AUGAAUUUAACAGAUUAUCAAAUUGCUAUAGAACUAGCAAGACAAUUAAAAGCUGAUGAAAAUAGCAGUAAUGAAAAAAGUAGUAGUAGUAGUGAUAAUGAAAUAGAUAUAGGUGAUGAUCAAUUAGAAUCUGAAGUAGAGUCAAUAACAACUGAAAACAUGAAGCAUGAAAACAAGAGAAAUACUUCAAUUCGAAAAUAG